CUAUUGCGCACUCUAUUCCACGCAUAGGAUUAAUGCGCAAGACAAGGACAAAGAUACGAUGCGUAGACGCCGGCACGCGUGUCGAGCGGUGGGGAUUGGCGUGCAUCGACAGCAUCGACAGCACUUGGCCUUCGACUGCGGCGGUGUACGGCUAGAAGGGUCUCGGCGAAGUGGACUCGACCGGAUUGUUUCUUCAGUAUGUUCAGUGAGUGAAUUGAAUUCUGUAUCGAAGCUGCGAUUCCGAUAACCGAUUACGUUUAGUACAUAUUGAGUUACAACAAUUAGGUAGUCCAGACAAGAUGUUGCAGUCCAUUUCACAGGAGAAAUUAAAAUUGAUGCAGUCUAAUUUACGUGAGGCAUUGAACCUGAUGCAAUACAGUUUACAGGAGAAAAGAAAAUCCGUUGACAGUUCAUGAACCAAAGUUUAGUUAUUUAAAUGAUUGAAAUUUCUAGUAUUAAAAAUAUUGACUGGAAGAUAUAAAUAUUUACAAGAUGUCCAAAAUGUUUAAUUCAUAAAUCUACUUUCAGUUUUUUUUUUUUUUGUGUUUGGAUAAAAUACACGUUUUGAAAUGGACACGUUUGGUGAAUUGGAGGAUGUAUCCUUGUACUUUGCCUUAAGGCAAGAGGGCAGAAUUUUAUAUGAUCGUCGGCAAUUGGAUAUGCCUGUACCUCCGAGACAGGUACAAGGCGUUGGCGGCCCUGGUAUUACUUUUAGUAAACGCCAGCGGCUACAACGGCGUACAAGUGACCGCCCAAAUGAUGCAAACCUUUGAGCAUUUUGCACUGGCAAAUUACAUAGAAGGAGGUUUUGUAGAGGAAGAUGAAGGAUUUCCUUCUCUACUCUCCAAAAAUAAAAAACUUACUGUUGAUUUUUGCCAGUUCUUCCAAAGUAUUAUAAAGAUGGGUGGAGACAUAAUUUAUGAUGUUUUUUUUAUGAAAAAUCUGACCUCAAUCUUAAAACAUUUGUCUAGAUUGGGUCAGAAAAAUAUAAGAUAUACGGCAACAUUGGCAGGCUGGUCGAUCAAUACAGAGUUGGCAGGAUUACUGGAACAAGCGGCUUCAGACCUGAAUCGGUGGUCGGAGCUGAUUCAGGUCGAAGAAGCGAAGGAGACGACGAGGCGUGAUCUGAGCCGCUUGGCAUUCCUUCAAUCUGAAAAAAAUAAAUUAAAUAAAAAGUAUAGGGAACUUGAAUUGUGCAUCAACUCCCUAUACAGGCAUUUAAUUUAUAAACGCAUCAAAGAUAUCGCACCUGUCACAAGACGUGUCAGCAUACGAGAAUUGGGCCGCUUGUUAAGAAAGCACCCAGGACUAUUACACGAAUCGACUUUGCGGCUUUUUGCAUUUUUCCUCUAUGACAAGGCUGCAUCAGUACGGGCAAGCGUUUUAAAAGCCUUGCUCCCGUUGUAUGAGGACGUAAAAUUAGCCAACAAAUUAAAAUUGUUCAGUCACAAAUACCAACAAAGAAUUCUUAGAUUAUCUUGGGAUAAGAGCGGAUGCAAUCAGGAGAUUGCAAUAAAGCUCGUCACAGCAGUGUUCAGGUGAGAGUUGAGAAUAAAAAUGUUCACUUAAUAGACAAAUGUAUGAAACUUUUGAUGGUGAUAACCCAGUAAACACCCAACGGUAGUAGC